UUGCACAUGCGUUUACAAUAGAAUGCGUAGUAUCUCAGCAAAUUAACACAAUAUUCAAGUGGUUAGAACAAAUUACAGUGGUAAUAUGGGCAAAUUAAAUGUUGUAGUUUUGAGGUAUCUGUCCAGAGAUGACUUCCGUGUCCUCACAGCGGUUGAGAUGGGGAUGAAAAACCAUGAGGUAGUUCCAGUCAGCCUCAUAUCCUCCAUCGCCAGCCUGCGUCACGGAGGCUGCAACAAGAUCCUUAGAGAGCUCGUCAAGCACAAAAUAGUGGCCUACGAGCGUACUAAGAUGGUACAUGGCUACCGUCUGAACUAUGGGGGCUAUGACUACCUGGCUUUGAAGACGUUCUGCUCUAGAGAAAUACUCCUCUCUGUUGGGAACCAGAUGGGAGUUGGGAAAGAGUCAGAUAUAUACAUUGUGGCCAGUCCAGAGGGGGAGCAGUACGCGCUGAAGCUCCACAGGCUGGGGAGGACCUCCUUCAGGAACCUGAAGAACAAGAGAGACUACCACAAACACAGGAAGAACAUGUCCUGGCUUUACCUCUCACGCCUCUCAGCCAUGAAGGAGUACGCCUACAUGAAGGCCCUGUACGAACGAGGGUUUCCUGUCCCUAAGCCCAUUGACUAUAACAGACACGCUGUGGUUAUGGAGCUCAUCAAUGGAUACCCACUCUGUCAGGUGCGUGAGCUGGAAGACCCGUCCUCCAUGUACAGUGAUGUCAUGGAGCUGAUAGUGAAGCUGGCCAAUCAUGGCCUGAUCCACGGCGACUUCAAUGAGUUUAACCUGAUGCUGGAUGACCACGAUCACGUGACCAUGAUCGACUUCCCUCAGAUGGUGUCUACCACACACUUCAAUGCAGAGUGGUAUUUUGACCGGGAUGUCAAAUGUAUACGAGAUUUCUUUGCCAAAAGAUACAAUUAUGAGAGUGAACUGUACCCAACCUUCAAAGACAUCAGACGUUCCGUUUCUCUGGACGUUGAGAUCUCAGCCAGCGGCUUCACCAAAGACUUUGAGAGAGACGCAGCAUUGCUUGAUCCUAAAGGACCAGAGGACGAGGGAGAGGAGGACGAGGGAGAGGAGGACGAGGGAGAGGAGGACGAGGGAGAGGAGGACGAGGGAGAGGAGGACGAAGGAGAGGAGGAUAUGGAGAAGACAAUGGACAUGGAAGAGUAUAGGCAUGCUAUAUUGGAACUGGAGGGGCUCAAAGUCAGUGACACAGAGACACACACUGAGACAGGAGACGAGGAUGGAGAGCGAGACCCAGGGAGAGGAGAACAGAGAGAGACUGAUCCAGAGGCUGUUGUGAUGGGUGGUCUUGAUGAAGAGAGAGAAAAGGAGGAAGAGGAUGUGUGUCCUGAGCUGGUCGACCUCUCCUCCUCCAACAGAGAGUUCAAACCUUUCAGAGACUCAGACAGCCUGCUUCAUGUGGUUGAACACAGCAGGAGGAGGACGGACAGUGAGGCUACCGCCGGCAGUGUAGGGAGCUGCUCUACUAUACCACCGGAGGUGGUUCGUGCGAAGGUGCGGAGACAGCUUAGUAAGCAGCAGAAAGCAGCUCAGAGGAGACGACUGAUAAAGGGAGAAUCUAACCUGGUCACUGCAGAGAGGAGAGAGAAUCAGAGUAACAUCAAAUCUAGUCUGGAGACUGAUGGUUUCUGGGGCUGAGAGGGACGUAUGUGAUGGAGUGCGAGUCAAGUGUGUGUGAGAACCUGGUCACGAGGACAACAGAACAUGAUGAGAACAUGAACCAUAUUGGCGAUGAGAGGAAAGGGACCCAUUGGAAGCCCCUCUCCCAGUGACGAGCCCCCAGCGUUGGGUCAUGUUUUGUAUCUACUGCAGUGUGAAUACUUUCAAUAAAGACAACUUUAAUAUGA